UGAACGCAGCCGAUGACGGCCAGUCAACAAAACUUUGUAAUUCGAACGAAACUCACGGACCGUUCGCAUCAUGCGUCGCGUCGUGCAAGUUUUUACAUUUCGUUAGGGUUUCGUAAAUAAAAGUUUUUCGAUUGUGUUUUUAAUUUGAAUAAAAAAAACGUAUUAGAGCAUUUUUAACAAAUUUAACGGUGUUGCCAGGUGUUACCAGGUGAGUGUGACCGUUUUGUGCCGCGUUACCUGGGAUUUACCUGAAGAGACAACCGUACGGAAGAAUGCAUGAAAGUUCACUUCUCACGUACAUUGCAAUCGCUAGAAAUAAUAAGUUUUGAUAAGAAAUAUGAAAUCAAGUGCGUUGACAUUUGGAUUUUAAUAUUUCGAGUAUAUGUACAAGUUUACCUGUUCUAUGAUCGGUGUAUCGUGCAAUUCUCGUAAAAAUUCAUAAUUUUUUUCCCCGUUGCUGCAACAAUUCUCGUGUGAUCUCAUCCGUUAAUUCAUACAUCUUCCGACGAUAAGAUUACAAAGCUUUGUUUACAUUUUUAUGAGACUGACCGCAUUUCACGUGUAUAAUUUCGAAAAAUGAUGCGGAAUGUGAAAAUGAACCGCAAGGUAGCAUCCAACGAUACGUAAUGCUAAUUUUAACGAGGGAGCUUAGGAACUUGAACUAUUAAGUCCAAGGUGAAAGAAGAAAAAACCAAUUAUCGUAUUGCAUUAAAUCAAAAGUCGAAUGGAAAACAGUACAGAUGCUUCGAGACAUUUGGUUUUUCGAAAGGAGGAGGGACUAUGAGUGCAAGUAAAAGGAAUGUUGUCUCACAGGUGUACGCCGUAAUACUCUUCCGUUACGCCUACUAAAAAGAAAUAACGCAACUCGAGGCUGAAUUCGCACGUGAACUUAAAAAUGUGGAGAUCGUAUAGGAAUUGUUGGUACUCGUUUGCGUAACUUCGUCGUAGAAUUUGUAUGACGUUCCCGGGUUGAAGUGUUAAGGAAGUGGUGCAAGUGGGCAAGAGCGGCAAGGAAUUCACCAAAGUAACAUGGAGAUGCCGUGGAGAAAUGCAGUGGCGGACCUGUCGACCUUCUUGUUUGCCGCUGUUUAUUUCAUUUGGAUCGCUGGAAGCGCCUGCGCCACCGAGACCCUCCAGGAACCGCGCUUCACCACUCAGCCUUCCAGCAGCGGCAAUAUUCUUAGCGAAAAUCGGACAAAAUUUCUGCAGUGUCAAGCGAGAGGAAAUCCUCAGCCAAAAUAUAAGUGGUUCAAAGAUGGGGUACCCCUCAGCAACGAGCUUACUUCGGAGCCUUAUUUUCGAAUACAAAGUACACGUAGAGAAGACGCAGGAGUUUAUCACUGUGUUGCCACGAACGACGUAGGAUCUAUAUUUAGUGAAAGAAUUACAUUUGCGGUAGCCUAUAUGGGGGUGUUCGAGGAUCUCACAGAGAGGAUGGUGAGCGUGAAAUCGGGCAGCGCGGCUGUUUUAACGCUGCCACCGAUAGAAAGCCAUCCUGCACCUGACGUUACAUGGUUCACGUCCGACGGCUCGUUGUUAUACGGCAUAAAAUAUGCGUCUGUUCAUCACACGUUGCUUAUCCUGAACGCUUCUGAGAGCGAUCAAGGCCUGUACAGGGCCAGAGCCAUUAACACGCAAUUGGGAAAAGAGGAGAACAGUCCGUUUUUCAAGUUGCAAGUUACGGGAGAUGCCAACGCUGAGGUGGCACCUAGUAUCAUAGUGAAACCGCAGGACACUCAGAUCAUCAAGGACCAAGACGUUACCUACAUACAUUGCAUAGCCAAUGCUAGAUCUCUUCAUGAGUUACGAACUUUAUGGACGAAAGACGGGAUCCCCAUCGAGAACUCGAGGAUAUCAUAUAGUUUUAACGACUCGUGGAAUAGAACUUUGGCGUUAAUAUCGGCAAACAUAACUUACACCGGCGUAUACUCGUGCCAUGUGGACUUAAGAAGCGGUGGAUAUCCAACAGUGAACGCGAGCGCGAAUGUUGUCGUAUAUGAAAAACCAACUUUUAUAACGGAAUUGAAACGAGAGACUCUUAGUGAUUAUGGAUCAACUGUAACGUUACCAUGUGAUGCUGUCGGUGUACCUCCUCCUAAAAUCACUUGGUUUCGAAAUGCAGAGCCUGUUGAUCAUCUUCUUGGAUUUAGGUACGCACUGGAAGAAGAUGGCUCCUUAACAAUUAAAAAAUUAACCAUGGAUGACUCAGGAAUGUUCCAAUGUCUUGCAUCCAACGACGCUGGCGAAGCAUCCAGUUACACCUGGUUAAAAGCAAAAAAAGGAUUAGAAAGCAGACUGAAAAACAGAGUUGUCCGCUGGGCAGCUGGCUACAAUGUAGUCAGAGUUCGCCAAUCUGAUCGCCGUUUUAAGUUCUCUCAAUAUCCAGACACAUCUGGACCAAUCAUGGAGAAUGGUCCACAAAACCAAACUAUAUUAGAUGGAAAGGAUGCAACUUUAACAUGUAAUGCUGUAGCAGCUCCGAUACCUAACACUACAUGGAUUUAUAAUGAUACAAUUCCUGUGGAAAUCGCCGGAAGAGUACAAGUCUUAGAUAACGGAGAUCUUUUAAUAGCUGCGGUAAAACCAAACGACGCCGGAAAAUACACGUGUAUUCGAGCUAAUGAAGCUGGUUCUGUAAAUGGUUCAGCGUAUCUUACUGUUUUAGUUCGAACACAAAUUAUUCAGCCACCUGUGGAUACCUCUGUACUUCUCGGCUACACCGCGGAAUUACAAUGCAAGGUCUCCAACGAUCCAAGUGUUUUGUACGAUAUAGCAUGGUUUCAUAAUUCACAAGUAAUAAAUACACAAGCCAGUCAAAGAGUAAAAAUGCGAAAUGAUGGUACAUUGGAAAUAGCAGCCGUUCGUGCGUCUGACGUGGGUGAAUAUAUGUGUUCUGUGGUUUCUCCGGGAGGAAAUGAGACUCGAUCUGCUCGUCUUAGUGUAAUCGAAUUACCGUUCGCACCAAUAAACGUAAUGGCUAGUCGAGUCGAGCGAAUUUCACCUCGCACCAUAAACGUUAGUUGGGUUCCUGGCUUUGAUGGAAACAGUCCAACAAAAAAGUUUAUCGUUCAAAGGCGGGAGGUUUCUGAUCUUGGACCAAUACCUGAUUCUGCGUUAAAUUGGAUCACGGAGUGUAAUAAUGUUUCGGCACAAAAUCGUUGGGUACUAUUGAACAAUUUAAAAGCUGCUGCUGCAUAUCAGUUUCGAGUGACUGCAGAAAAUAGUGUUGGCGAAGGACCUCCUUCGGAUCCCAGUAAUGUAGUAGUUCUUCCUCAAGAGCCUCCGAGUGGACCACCGGUAGGAUUCGUUGGUUCCGCUCGAUCAUCCUCAGAAAUAAUCACGCAGUGGCAACUUCCAUUAGAAGAAUAUCGAAACGGUCAUAUUUUAGGAUACGUAUUAAGAUAUAGACUAUACGGCUACAACGACAAUCCAUGGACAAUACAGAAUAUUACUAACGAAGCACAAAGAAAUUAUCUUAUUACCGACCUAAUUACUUGGAAGGAUUAUAUCGUACAGAUAGCAGCGUAUAAUGAUAAAGGGGUUGGAGUAUUUACGGAAGGUUUGAAGAUUAAAACCAAGGAAGGAGUACCUGAAGCACCACCCACAAACGUAAAGGUAACAGCUAUUAAUUCAACAUCGAUAAAAGUGUGGUGGAAACCUCCCAAUCCGCAAAAGAUUAAUGGAAUAAAUCAAGGUUAUAAAUUACAAGCCUGGAUCGGGCAUAAUUUUACAGAAGCGAGCGAAUACAAGUCGAUGACCGUACCACCUAGCUUAUUCGAUCCUCUUGCAGAGCAAAGUGCAAUUAUGACAGGUUUAAAGAAAUACACCUUAUACAAUAUAACUGUAUUAUGCUUCACUGAUCCAGGUGAUGGUGAAAAAAGUUCUCCCGUUCAAAUUCGUACACGCGAAGAUGUACCUGAAGAAGUAGAAAAUCUACAAUUUGAGAACAUAAGUGAUCGUUCACUCACCGUUAAAUGGAACGCUCCACAGGAAGUUAAUGGAGUUCUCAUCCAAUACCAAUUAAAAUAUAUGAUCAAAGAUGUACCAGAUUCUCUACGAGUAGAAAACUUCACGUCAGACACUCUUUCAGCCAAAAUCGAACAUUUACAAGCAAUGACUCAUUAUAAAUUUGAAGUUGUUGCUUGGACUUCAAUAGGUCCUGGAAAACCAGCAGUAGCUGUUAUUCAAUCAGGCGUUGAGCCUGUUCUUCCUGAACCACCAACUAAAUUAGCACUGUCUAAUAUAGAUGCAUUCUCUGUUGUUCUUCAAUUUACUCCAGGCUUUGACGGCAAUUCGUCCAUAAUAAAGUGGACAGUACAAGCACAAACCACUCGAAACACAACAUGGUACAAUAUUUACGAAGUUUCAGAUCCUGAUGCUAGUACAAUCACUGUAGGUGGUCUAAUUCCAUUUAUGCAGUAUAAAUUACGAUUAAUAGCUAACAACGUUGUCGGUGCUUCCCAACCUUCCGAACCAACAAAAGAAUUUCAAACGAUUCAAGCACCACCGUCACAUCCUCCUAGGAAUGUUACGGUUCGUGCAAUGAGCGCCACGGAAUUGCGUGUUAGAUGGAUUCCAUUACAACAGAUUGAAUGGUACGGAAAUCCAAGGGGAUAUAAUGUUACUUAUACUGAAGUUCGAACGAACAAGUCAAAGAGCAUAACUAUAGAAGACCAUACUGCGAAUUCGUAUAUUUUAGAGAACAUGGAAGAAUAUGCUCUCUAUAAAAUUGUAAUGCAAGCGCUUAAUGACGUUGGAUCAUCGACAAUAAGCCCCAAAGCUGUUGAAAGAACUCGCGAAUCAGUUCCUUCGAUGGGUCCUAUUAAUGUAGAAGCCAAUGCAACGUCUUCCACGACUAUAUUAGUUAGAUGGGGUGAUGUUCCCAUAGAACAUCAGAAUGGACAAAUAGAAGGAUUUAAAGUUUACUACGGUGCAAAUGCUAGAUCAGCAUUCCAGUAUAAAAACAUUCCUAGUAAUACAACAUUUACAACAACUUUAACAGAACUUCGAAAAUUUGUCCAGUAUCACAUACAAGUUCUAGCUUAUACGCGUCUUGGCGAUGGCACUUUAAGCACUCCGCCAGUUAGGGUACAAACAUUUGAAGAUGCUCCUGGACCUCCAUCGAAUGUAUCGUUCCCUGAUGUAAGCUUUACCACUGCUCGGAUUAUUUGGGAUACUCCAGAAGAUCCGAACGGAGAGAUUCUCGCCUAUAAAGUUAUGUUUCAUCUAAAUAAUAGUCAGGAUCAUCAAUUUUCGAAGGAGUUUCCUGCAUCAGAUAGAACUUUUAGAGCAACUGGACUAGAGCCAGAGAAGUAUUACAUGUUCUCGGUAACAGCACAAACGAGAUUAGGAUGGGGAAAAACAGCAUACGCUCUCGUUUUUACUACAAAUAAUAGAGAACGUCCGCAAUCGCCGUCGAUGCCACAAAUUAGCAGAUCGCAAAUACAAAGUAGACAGAUAACAUUUAAUUGGACACCUGGCCGUGAUGGGUUUGCACCAUUAAGAUAUUAUACGGUACAACAAUCAGAAAAUUCAGGACCAUUUCAAACGAUUCCUGAAAGAGUAGAACCAACAUUAACAUCUUAUACAGCAAAUGAUUUAAAACCAUUUACAUUCUAUCAAUUCCGAAUACAAGCAACUAACGAUAUAGGUCCUUCAACUUGGAGUACAGAAUCUGUUCAAGUUCAAACUCUACCAGCAGCACCUUCUCGGGGAGUUACCGGAUUGAAAGUAGUUCCAAUAACGACAUCUAGUAUAGAAGUUCAUUGGAACGCAAUAGAUGAAGUAUAUUGGAGCGGCGAUCAUGAAACAGGUGGUUAUCGCGUCGUUUAUCAACCAGUUUCUGAUUUCCCCACAGCCCUUCAAGAUACUCCUAAAGAAGAAAUUUUAGGAAUAAAAGCUACGAAGAUUGUUUUAAGCGACUUGACAGAAGAUAGGUAUUACGAAGUAAUAGUGUUACCCUUCAAUUCUGAAGGCGAAGGUCCAUCAAGCCCUCCAGUGACUGUAUAUGUAGGAGAAGCAGUUCCUACAGGAGAACCACAACAUCUAAAAGCAGAACCAAUUUCUUCUACAGAAGUACAUCUGCGUUGGAAACCACCCCAAGCCAAUAUGCAAAAUGGAGAUUUAUUAGGAUAUAAAAUUUUCUAUUUAGUUACUGAUUCUCCUCAAGAUUUGGAAAACAAACAGGAAGAAGAAAUAGAAGUUGUACCAGCAUCAUACUUAACACAUAGCUUAGUGUUUUUAGAUAAAUAUACAGAAUAUCGCAUUCAAGUAUUGGCUUUCAACCCUGCCGGUGAUGGUCCUCGAACCCCAUCUAUCACUGUCAGAACUAAACAGGAUAUACCUGGACCACCACACAAUUUACAAUUCUCAGAAAUUACAAUGACUAGUCUCCGCGUCUCUUGGGAAGCACCAAAACUACGAAAUGGCGAAAUAGUCGGCUACAUUGUUACAUAUGAAACUGCAGAACAAAAUGAUCGUUUUAGUAAGCAAGUUAAACAAAAGGUAACGGAAACAAGUCUACUAAUUCAACCUUUAGAAGAAGAAGAAACGUAUACUUUUAUGGUUAGAGCGCAAACCAUUGAUUUUGGUCCGCCUAUAUCUGGAAAUGUUACAACAGGUCCACAAGAAGGUUCACCAAUGGCACCUAGCAAUCUUGCUGUUACAAAAACAGUGUCUAGUGUUGAAUUACAGUGGACUAAUGGUGCUUCUGGAAAAGGACCCAUUCUAGGAUACUACAUCGAAACGCGCCGGAAAGCAAUGGAAGAGUGGCAGCAUUAUGACAGUCGUUGGCAGACAAUCGUACGUAGUAGUAAUGGACCAUUGACAGAAUAUUCUGUAUCUUAUCAAAAUUUACUUCCAUCUACAUCGUAUUUAUUCAGAGUAAUAUCAUAUAAUCGUUAUGGAAUUAGUUAUCCAGCAUAUUCCACAGAAACGAUUUUAACUCCAUCAAAGCUAUACCUUGAAUAUGCAUACCUACAACAUAAACCAUUUUACAGACAAACUUGGUUUAUGGUUACUUUAGCUGCUGCAUCAAUUAUAAUUAUUAUAAUGGUCAUAGCAGUGCUAUGCGUGAAAAGUAAAAGCUAUAAAUACAAACAAGCACAAAAGACACUUGAAGAGUCUAUGGCAAUGGAUACUGAUGAUAGACAAGAGUCUGAUUUAGAGCUUUAUAGAUCAAGACAAGGAGGUGGUGGUGCUAUGAAUAUGGCUAAUGCUUGUGGUACAUUAGGUAAAAGAAACACUUUAGCAAGAAAAUCUAUGCAUCCUCCUCCUCCUACAAUGUUGGGAAAGUCACCUCCUAGACCAUCACCAGCCUCUGUUGCUUAUCAUAGCGACGAAGAAAGUCUGAAAGGAUAUGAUGAAAACCCUGACGAUAGCAGCGUUACGGAAAAACCUUCCGAAAUUAGUUCAACAGAUUCACAGGGAUCUGAAAGCGAGAAUGAAAGUGUACAAUCGGAUCCACAUUCCUUCGUAAAUCAUUACGCUAAUGUUAAUGAUUCCUUAAGACAGUCCUGGAAACGUCAGAAACCAGUUAGAAAUUAUUCAUCGUACACUGAUUCUGAACCUGAAGGUAGUGCCGUUGUCAGUUUAAAUGGGGGACAAAUUAUUAUGAACAAUAUGGCAAGGUCGAGAGCACCAUUGCCUGGUUUUUCGUCUUUCGUAUAAUUUGUUCAUAAUAAAAACGAAAGUUUUCGUUAAGUAGAUAGGGUGCUGAAUUAUAGACUAGCAAAAUUUAUAAUCGUUAUACGAUUAAAGUAAAAUAAAUUUAUGCUGAGCACGAAUUAAUUUUGAAGCAUAUAAAUAAUUUGGAGAAAAAAGAAAAUUGUUAAAUAUGUGUAAAAAGAGAUUGUUAAAAUUUUGAUCAUUUUCAUGAAGCAGAAUAGUUAGAAUUUUAAUAGCUCAGAACUGAAAUUGAAAUACACAGAGUUAAAGACUUAUGUUGAAACACAAAUUUAUGAGUGUUUCACGCAUGCUGAUACUUCGUAUAGUAAUUUUAAAAUGCUUUGGCACCACCAUAUUGUGAUAUAUUGAAAUACAUAUUAUUUAUAAUUUUAGGUAAAGUCAAAAUGUGUAUAAUGAAUAUUUUUACUUUCAUUAAGUGAAGUUGGAACAAAAUAUUGCAUGGAUCUCGAAUAACGUAAUGCUUGCGCAUUUUUUUAAGUGUAAGAAAAAUAAGUUUGAAACAAUCUGUUAAUAUAACGUAUUAAAAAUGAAAUAGAAUAUCAUUAAUAAUAAUUAAAAACAAUAUCGUAUCGAAAACUGCCGGAGAUAACCGCAUAUAUAAUUAAUAAACUCAAAAAACAAAAUAAUAUUUUAAUACUACAUUAAUAUGAUAAAAGCAAUUAAAUUAUAAUCCAUUAAAACAUACAAACAUACUAAUCACAGUAUCACUUAUAAAUCUUUUCGACUCAUAUGAAUACUUUUUUUAAUGUUUCUAAUUGACAUUUGUGCAACAAAAUAAAAGUUGUUUAAUAUAAGACAUCGAUCUAAAUAUAUAAAUAUAUGAACACAAUCAGGCCUAUCAUAUCAAUUUCAAUUAAUCUUCAUAGACUAAAGAUGAGUCUGAUAAAGUUAUUGUACCGAAUAAAUAGAGAACAUUGCGUGAAAUGCGACUGCGUGAAUUUCUAUCUUUAAGGGUCUUUGUUUUUAAUAUUAUUAUGUAUAAUGUACAUAAGAUUUAUAUAAAUUACAAAAUAGCAAAUACCGAUACAACACUUGUACAUUUAGUGCACAGCUUAGGCAACAUUAGAUAAAAGUGUAUGCUAAGUAAUCUUUCAACAACAUAUAUUUAUCUUCUUCAAAUAGAUAUCUAUCGUCUAUUUUCAUCUUUCUUUUUAAAUCAUGGAAUGAAGAAGAAAAAGACUUGACUUUAAUGCAUUGACAUUUGCAUAUAAAGAAAAUGCAAUCUAUUUAAUUCACCACAAUAUCGUAAAUUCAUUUGUAGUAUAUAAUAUUACACUUACAGUAUUGUAAAACGUUAUCAUACACAAAGUUAUUCAAUUUUAGGACAGUAAUCUUCUUACCAUAAUGCAUUUAAUCUAUGUAAUUAUUGUUUUAAAGGUGAAAAGCAUUUCAGACUGAUAUUGAUGCGUGAAAUGUCUUUUUUGCUUGAUACUUAUUUUGUAAAAAAGGAUCAUAGAAACGAUACAAACAAAAUGUUAAGAAAUCGUAGAAAAUGUAAAAGAAAUUUUGAAAUAUUCUUCGAUAAUAUACGCUAAAAUCUAGGAAUAUAUGUAUUAUUGAAAAUAUAAGACAAUGAAAAUAAUUGAACAGUUCAAUGAUGGCAGCUAUAAUUCUAUUAUAUUUAAUAGAGUAAUUAUUAAUUGUAGUUGGUUAGUGAAACAAGGUUGAUAAAAUUAUACUCGAACUUUUAAUUUGAUUAAUUUUUCAUUCAACACAAUCAUAAUAUCAAUUACAAAUCAAAAAUUGUAAUUAAUAUAUAUCAUGAACUAGAUAGCAAAUUGUUUGAUAAAUAUUUACUUUUAAAAAUGAUACAUUCUUUAUUCUUAAUAUUAUAUUAGAAAACUUGCUUUCUGAUUUUUAUACUAUAUAGCAUUAAUUUCCCUAUUUGUUAACAUCAAUUAUCAAUUAUUGUCAUCGUGUCAUAAAAACUUAAUCUUCGUACAAAUGAAGAUGAUUGUAUCUACACACUGCCAAUAAUAAUUAAUUCGAGGAUAAAAUUGUUUUUAUCCGCAUUUCUAUAUAUUAAUGACAAAUUCAAACAAAUCGCGUCUCAGAUUAUACAUUACUUGUACAACAUAUUCUAAGUAUGUGUUAAUAUUUUAAUAAAAUUUAUAUAAUUUUA